AGGAAAGCAGUGUUUUCUGGGGCGACUCGUUGACGUCAUUUCCGGCGUCUCCGCUGCUUUACGGUCGUUCGCACCGCGUGUUCACCCCAGCGCCAGAUGAAAGAGUCAAUUAUGAAUCAGGAGAAGCUGGUGAAACUGCAGGCCCAGGUCCGCAUAGAUGGGAAGGGGUCGGCUCGGAGAAAGAGGAAGGUUGUGCACAGAACAGCUACAGCAGAUGACAAAAAACUACACUUUUCCCUAAAGAAACUAGGAGUAAACAACAUUUCUGGAAUUGAGGAGGUGAGCAUGUUUACAAACCAGGGGACGGUGAUCCACUUUAACAACCCAAAAGUCCAGGCCUCCCUGGCCGCCAACACCUUCGCCGUCACAGGACAUGCUGAGAACAAACAGCUAACAGAAAUGCUCCCUGGGAUCCUCAGUCAGUUAGGCGCCGACAGUCUUACCAGCCUCAGGAGACUGGCAGAGCACCUGCCCAAAACAGUGGGAGAGCACAAAGUCCCCAUCGUUGACGCCGAAGAGGAGGAGGAUGAAGUUCCAGAUCUGGUUGAAAACUUUGACGAAGCCUCAAAGAACGAAGCGAAUUAACCAACACCAGGACAUGUUUUAGAGCUUCUCUGCUUUGGAACAGAACAGUAUUUUGCUUCUCAAAUCUGCUUUUUCAACUACAGUUUUCACAGUUGACAUAAAUAUUCACCCAUUUUAUAAUAACUACAAUUUUGUCUUAACUGUUGUUGUUUUUUUCCCCCUGUAAUAAUGUGUAAUAGUUUAUUUUAUGAAAUAAAACAUUUGAAUAUUA